AUGCCUUACGGGAAUUGCAUUAAGCACGGGCACAACGUGCUAUUCGAAUUUCUUCAAGUGAAAUUCCACUCGGAAAGUACAGAGCCGAGUCAUCAAAAUUGAACGGCGAAUCUGGAUGAACUCUAUCAGAGAACCGAAGUCCGCUACGCGGUUCCAGCGGAUACCGGCGCCGGCACGGAAGUAGAUGAGAAAUUUGCCCCAGAUUCGAGGAAGGGUAUCGUUCUGAAACCUUUAGACGUAAAUGGUUUAUCUGCUGAAGUACAGCUUCAACCGGGCGAUGAGUCACUACCUUGGCGAAAGGGACGUGUUCAGCAUCGACCUCGAAUUGGCGAUGCCGCACCAUGGCGGAAGGUGAAACCAAAAUCACGAGAUUCCUCCUUGGACAAGCUUCGAGCUUUCGAGAGCCAGAUAAAACCAUGGACCGAGGAAGAGGUAGUUUUAAAGAAAACUCCACAAAUCGCGAAGGAUAUGACGAAAGAAAAGCUGGAGGAAGUCGAAUUGAAACCGACGAAAAUUGAGAAGAAAGAAAUCCACGCACCUGGUCUUGAAACUGUCAAGUUGAAAUCUGUGCCUAAAGAUACGACGAAGAUCGUCGAAACUGAGGAAAAAGUUACGCGUAUCGACGAUACCGGAACUGAACUUUACACGGAGGAAACUGAUUCCACUUUGUUGAAAAGGUCACGUCGUGUGGACGAAACUUUGUUGAAAAAGGAAAAAGCCGAGGAAGUGAGACCAUGGACAGAGGAGCAAGUAACCUUGAAGAAAACUCCGCAGGUCAUAAAAGACAUAGCGAAGGAAAGACUGGAGGAUGUUGAAUUGAAGCCGGCGAAGAUUGAGAGAAAAGAAAUCCACGCACCUGGUCUUGAAACUGUCAAGUUGAAGUCUGUGCCCAAAGAUACGACGAAGAUCGUCGAAACUGAGGAAAAAGUCACGCGUAUCGACGAUACCGGAACUGAAUUUUACACGGAAGAAACGGAUACCACUCUACUGAAAAGAUCGCGUCGUGUAGACGAAACCUUGUUGAAAAAGGAAAAAGCCGAGGAAGUAAGACCAUGGACGGAGGAGCAAGUAGCCUUGAAGAAAAUGAAACCGAAAAAGAUCACGGAAGUAGAUACUGUGCAAAAGUCGGACUAUACCGAACAGGAAGAUACAUCUUUGCUUACUAUUUCCAAGGACGAAGAAACGCGAAGGAUAAAGAAAGAGCAGCUUGUUCCAGAGAAGCCAGAACAGCCCAAGCCUUGGACAGAGGAAAAGAUCGCCUUGAAAAAGUCGAAACCGGAGAGAAAAGAGGCGCCAAAAGAAACGUUAGAGAUCGUCUCACUGAAACCUUCGAAAGUAAUAAAGAAAGAUAUCGCGAAACCAACUUUAGAGAAGGUUGAUCUCAAACCAAUUCCAGCCGAAGGACCCCAAGUAAUUUCAGUGGAGGAAGUGUCACGGGUUGACGUUACUACGGUCAAAGAAACAAGAAGGGAAAGCAAAGAAAUAGAUAAGAUCAUAGAUCAGACGGAUAAGACCAAACCGUGGACAGAGGAAAGAAUUACUUUGAAAAAGUCCAAACCUCUCCGAAAAGAAACAGAAAAAGAGGUGAUAGAAACGGUAGAAUUGAAGCCAUCCAGACCAACUAAACCUGAAAUCCGAAAACCGAGUUUGGAGAAAGUAGAUUUGAAACCAGUGACGAAAGAAAAGACGGAUGUAAGUGUCACAAAAACUAUCGAGAAAACCGAUUACGUUGAACAAGAAGAUGCUACGUUGCUUCAAGUUUCCAUUAAGACACAGGACAUGACCAAAGUAAAGCCACCGAAACCGCGCGAAAUCGAAGAUAAAGCACCAUAUGUCGAGGAAGAGGAUACCACUUUGCUUAAAAUUACAUCCGAAAGAGAAACCAAAAUUAAAAUCGAUAAGAAACCAAAGAAGGAAGAGGAAGUUCCACAGAAAAUGCCGCAGGCCAAACCAUGGACGGAAGAAAAAGUAACUUUAAAGAGAGCGAAAACGGAACAGAAAGAAAUUCCCAAAGAAAUUCUGGAAGAGGUAUCGUUGAAGCCAGUGCAGAGAGUGGAUAAGGUAAUAUCGAAGGAAGAAGCAGAAAAAGUAGAUUUGAAACGUAUUAAAGUGAAAACUACGGAAGAAAUUGAAGAAAAAGAAAGCACUAUUACAAAACGCGAUGUUAAAAAGCCACAGGAAAAAGCACCGUAUCAGGAAGAAGAGGAUAAGACUAUUCUCGAAAUAAGCAAAGAUGUAGAAUCUACUAAAAAAAGGACGUUAGAGAAGACUGUUCGACCAAAAGAUGAGAAACCUGUCACAGGUGUACCAUACAUGGAAGAGGAAGAUAAAACGAUUCUUGCAAUCGAUAGAAUCGAUGAAAUAACUGAGAAACAAACGAAAGAGGAGGUACCUGUACCAUGGAUUAGGGGAAGGAAAGCAAAAGAAAAAAAACCAGUCGAAGAAAAGCCAGAAGAAACUCUUCCAAUAUUCAAAAUUCCUUCUAAAGACAAGCCACGAAAAAUAAUUGAACCGAAGGAAGAGCCAAUUGAAAAUAUACGCGCGGUAACACUGAAGCCAGUGAAACGCCCGGAACGAACUCAAGAAGUCAUCGAACAAGAGAAAGUUGAGUUAAAACCGGUACAACGUAUACCAAAAGUCGAAAAAGAGAAAGAAGAGAUUAUACUAAAACCCAUUCCAAAACCGAAAGUCGAGGAAAUAGAAGCGAAGUUGGAACCGUCUCUAAUAAGUAAACCUGAAGAGAAACCAGAAGAGGAGAAGCCCGCGGAGAUUUCAGAAGCUCCUUGGCGGCGUAAACCAAAACCUGCGAAGAUUCAACAGAAAAUCCCAGAAGCAGAAGCGCCUGAAGAAGAGAAAGAACGAGUACAGUUACCUUGGGUACGCGGUAAGAAACCAGCCGUUGUUAAACCAGAAAAACCGGAGGAAGAAGUAAAAGAGGACACCAAGGAAAUAUCCGAAGUAACAUGGCGAAAACCGAAGAAAGAUAAAACGAUCAAAGUUGUUAAAGAAGAACCACAGGUCGAAGAUAUUACGUCCGUUGUGUUGAAACCGACAAAACGACAGGAGAAGCCCGAAGAAAAGAAAUCGACGGAAGAAAUUGUACUCAAACCGGUAAAACGAUUACCUAAAGAAAAAGAAGAACGAGAACAAAUCACCCUUAAACCGUUUACAAAAGAAAAAGAGGAAGUAGGAACUUUGAAACCUGAAAAAGUCAGUGAAAUCGUUAAUGGAGAAGUACCUACUGAAAAAAUAGAAUUACCAUGGAGACGUGGAAAGAAACCAGUACAGAAAAUAACACCGGAAGUUGAGAAACCGAAAGUCGAGGAAAUUACACCUGAAACAGUUAAAAAAAUUGAAAAGACAGAAAAACCAGAAGAGAAACUUGAAGUUGUUCAGUUGAAACCGGUGAAAAAAAGAGAGAAACCAGAAGAGCCAAAACCUGAGGAAGUCAUUCCUAAGCCUAUAAAAAAGCUUCCAAAAGAAGAAGAAACGAAGGAGGAAAUCUUCUUGAAACCGGUAGAAAGGAAGAAACCGGAGGAAAAACCUACAGAAAUUCAGCUGAAACCAGUGAAAAGAAAAGAGAAACCAGAACAACCAAAACCCGAGGAAGUCACUUUAAAACCUGUAAAAAGACUUCCUAAACAAGAAGAAACAAAGGAGGAAAUUUCCUUGAAACCGGUGGAAAGGAAGAAGCCGGAGGAGAAACCCGAAGAAGUUCAAUUGAAACCAGUGAAGAGGAGAGAAAAGCCAGAAGAAGGAAAACCCGAAGAAGUCACUCUAAAACCAGUGAAAAGGCUACCCAAAGAAGAGGAAACAAAGGAAGAAAUUUCCUUGAAACCGGUGGAAAGGAAGAAGCCGGAGGAAAAACCUGAAGAAGUUCAGCUAAAGCCAGUAAAGAGGAGAGAGAAACCAGAAGAACCGAAACCUGAAGAAAUCGUUUUAAAACCAGUUAAAAGGCUCCCCAAGGAGGAGGAAACAAAGGAGGAAAUCUCUUUGAAACCGGUGGAAAGGAAGAAGCUGGAGGAGAAACCUGAAGAAGUUCAGUUGAAGCCAGUGAAGAGGAGAGAGAAACCAGAAGAACCGAAACCUGAAGAAAUCGUUUUAAAACCAGGUAAAAGGCUCCCCAAAGAGGAGGAAACAAAGGAGGAAAUCUCCUUGAAACCGGUGGAAAGGAAGAAACCGGAGGAGAAACCUAACGAAGUUCAGUUGAAGCCAAUAAAAAGAAAAGAGAUACCAGAGGAACCAAAACUGGAGGAAGUUACUCUAAAACCAGUGAAAAGGCUUCCCAAAGAAGAGGAAUCAAAAGAGGAAAUCUCUUUGAAACCGGUAGAAAGGAAAAAGCCGGAAGAGAAACCCGAAGAAGUUCAGCUGAAGCCAGUUAAGAGAAGAGAUAAACCAGAAGAACCGAAACCUGAGGAAGUGGUUUUAAAACCAGUUAAAAGGCUUCCUAAAGAAGAAGAAACAAAGGAGGAAAUCUCCUUGAAACCGGUGGAAAGGAAAGAACCGGAGGAGAAACCUGAAGAAGUUCAGCUGAAGCCAGUAAAAAGGAGAGAAAUACCAGAAGAACCGAAACCAGAGGAAGUCACUCUAAAACCAGUGAAAAGACUUCCCAAAGAGGAGGAAACAAAGGAGGAAAUUUCUUUGAAACCUGUUGAAAGGAAGAAACCAGAGGAGAAACCUGAAGAAAUUCAGUUGAAGCCAGUGAAGAGGAGAGAGAAACCAGAAGAACCAAAACCUGAAGAAGUCGUUUUAAAACCUGUGAAAAGGCUUCCUAAAGAAGAAGGGACAAAGGAGGAAAUCUCCUUGAAACCGGUGGAAAGGGAAAAACCGGAGGAGAAACCUGAAGAAGUUCAACUGAAGCCAGUAAAAAGGAGAGAAAUACCAGAAGAACCGAAACCAGAGGAAGUCACUCUAAAACCAGUGAAAAGACUUUCCAAAGAGGAGGAAACAAAGGAGGAAUUUUCUUUGAAACCUGUUGAAAGGAAGAAACCAGAGGAGAAACCUGAAGAAAUUCAGUUGAAGCCAGUGAAGAGGAAAGAGAAACCAGAAGAACCAAAACCUGAAAAAGUCGUUUUAAAACCUGUGAAAAGGCUUCCUAAAGAAGAAGAAACAAAGGAGGAAAUCUCCUUGAAACUGGUGGAAAGGGAAAAACCGGAGGAGAGACCUGAAGAAGUUCAGCUGAAGCCAGUAAGGAAAAGAGAGAAACCAGAAGAACCGAAACCAGAGGAAGUCACUCUAAAACCAGUUAAAAGGCUUUCCAAAGAGGAGGAAACGAAGGAGGAAAUCUCCUUGAAACCGGUGGAAAGGAAGAAGCCGGAGGAGAAACCUGAAGAAGUUCAAUUGAAACCAGUGAAGAGGAGAGAAAAGCCAGAAGAAGGAAAACCCGAAGAAGUCACUCUAAAACCAGUGAAAAGGCUACCCAAAGAAGAGGAAACAAAGGAAGAAAUUUCCUUGAAACCGGUGGAAAGGAAGAAGCCGGAGGAAAAACCUGAAGAAGUUCAGCUAAAGCCAGUAAAGAGGAGAGAAAAACUAGAAAAACCGAAACCUGAAGAAAUCGUUUUAAAACCAGUUAAAAGGCUCCCCAAAGAGGAGGAAACAAAGGAGGAAAUCUCUUUGAAACCGGUAGAAAGAAAGAAGCCGGAGGAGAAACCUGAAGAAAUUCAGCUGGUGCCAGUGAAGAGGAGAGAUAAACCAGAGGAACCAAAACCAGAGGAAGUCACUCUAAAACCAGUUAAAAGGCUUCCCAAAGGGGAGGAAAUAAAGGAGGAAAUCUCUUUGAAACCGGUAGAAAGGAAGAAGCCGGAGGAGAAACCCGAAGAAGUCCAGCUGAAGCCAGUGAAGAAGAGAGAUAAACCAGAGGAACCAAAACCAGAGGAAGUCACUCUAAAACCAGUUAAAAGGCUUCCUAAAGAGGAGGAAACAAGGGAGGAAAUCUCUUUGAAACCGGUGGAAAGGAAGAAGCUGGAGGAGAAACCUGAAGAAGUUCAGUUGAAGCCAGUAAAGAAGAGAGAGAAACCAGAAGAACCAAAACCUGAAGAAAUAGUUUUGAAACCAGUUAAAAAGCUCCCGAAAGAGGAGGAAACAAAGGAGGAAAUUUCCUUGAAACCGGUGGAAAGGAAGAAGCCGGAAGAGAAACCCGAAGACGUUCAGUUGAAGCCAGUAAAGAAGAGAGAGAAACCAGAAGAACAGAAACCAGAGGAAGUCGUUUUAAAACCUGUGAAAAGGCUUCCUAAAGAGGAAGAAACGAAGGAAGAAAUCUCUUUGAAACCGGUCGAGAAGAAAAAACCAGAGGAGAAACCUGAAGAAGACAAACCAACAGAGAUAUCGGGAUUGCCCUGGCGGCGCGGUAAACGGGUCAAGAAGGUCGUCGAUUUCAAAGACGAAGUUACCGUAGUGCCCAUCGACCAAGAAGAAUCGGUUACCGAGGUUUGUGAAGAGAAAGAAACAAUUAUCAUUACAACCAAAGAUAUCCAAGAAGAAGAAGAGAUCAAAAAGAAAGUGGAACCUAUUCAAUUGCAAGAAGAGAAACGUGUAACCGAAGAAGUAGUUGAAACAAGUGAAGUUUCAUGGAGGAAGAAAAGGCCAAAACCAAUAAAAUUGGAAGAAGAGAAAGAAACUGUUGUAUUGAAGCCCGUUGAAAAAGUCCAGAAAUUGGAACCAAAGAAAGAGCCCGAGGAACAUAUACCAACUGUAGUUAAAAAAGAAAUAGUAACCGAGGUAAUUGAAAAGGAUGUGGUUCAAUUGAAACCUGUUCCCAAGAAAAUUGAGAAAGAAGAAGUAAUAGAGGAAGUUAAAUUAAGACCGGUGAUUAAAAAAGAAGUCACGGAAGAGAAGCCAAAAGAAGAGAAAAUUAUCGAAUUGAAACCUAUCAAAUUGGAGGAACAGGUAACGAAAGUGGAAGAAAAAGAUGAAGCUGUUGUUGAAAUAACUAAAAUCAAAAAGAAGAAAGAGGAAAUUGUCCCUAUCGUCGAAGAGACACAAAAGACUGUCACAGAAAUAAAGGAAAUGAAAGAAAUGGAAGACAUCGAAUUACAAGUUAAGAAAGAUGUCACGCAAGUGGAAGAUCGUAAGAGGAAACGUAGGCAACGGACUCAGGUUGACAUUUCUAUUGUGGAUAAAGACAAAACAAUUGCUCCGCGAUUUAUACAAAAAUUACAGCCUGUUAUCGCCGAGCUAGAAAAUCCUGCCAAGUUCACGUGCACUGUCAUAGGAAAUCCCUUCCCCGAAAUCGCUUGGUACAAGAAUGAACAAGAGCUUCAUGCGAGUGAGAAAUAUAUUAUGACAAUAUAUGAGACAACAGCGGUGUUGGAAAUUACAAAAGUAAAAGAAGAAGACGCGGGACUGUAUUCUUGCAGAGCUUCCAACCCAGCUGGAGUGGCAACAUCCACUGUCAAUCUCGUGAUAUUCGAAAAAGAAGAGGAAGGCAUAGCGCCGUAUUUCCCAACGCCGAUCAAGCCGCUAAUGGUCGAAGAGCACAAACCUGCCUUAUUGGAAUGCGUUGUGACCGGCACACCAAUGCCAGAGGUGAAGUGGUAUCGCGGUGAGAAAGAAGUGAAACCGAACGAAAAGACCGAGAUAACUUUCAACCCGACGACCGGAGAAGCCAAACUCAGCAUCUUGGAACCAACGCCCGAGGACGAAACGAUCUAUCGCGUUCGCGCCGUGAAUAAAUUCGGCCGCGCUGAAUGCAGAGCUAAUCUGGUGAUCAGUAACAUCGUGAAAGUCAGCAAACCAGUUGUCCUCAGAGCACCGCGAAUUACACGACCUUUACCCGCUCUCGUAGCGGAACGCGGAAAACCGCUGAAGCUGUUGGCUGAUUUCGAAGGUGUACCGAAGCCAAACGUCAAGUGGUUCCGCAAUGGCAUCGAAAUCACACCGACCGACAAGAGCAAAAUCGACAUUUACGAGAACACAACCGAACUCACUGUAUCGGAUGUCACGAAGAAGGACGGCGGCAAGUACGAGAUCAGGGUAGAAAAUGAAGCCGGCGAAGCGAGGAGUUCGAGCUCCGUUACGGUGAAGGAACGCGAGGACACCACCAGCGAGGUAAAAGCACCGAGGUUCGUGGAGCCGAUUCAGCCUCAACUCGUCGCGGAAGGAGAAGUCGUUAUCAUGGAGACAAAAGUGGAAUCUUAUCCGGCGGCGUCCUUCCAAUGGUUCCACGAAAGCACACCUCUCGAGUCGACGCCACAGGUGAGGAUCGUGACUCAGGAGAACAGAUCGAUCUUGAUGGUGAAGCAAGUUACGCCGGAACUCGCCGGCACCUACACCUGCCGUGCCGAGAACGUCGGCGGCUCGGUCACCUGCACGGCUACCGUGAACAUCACGGAGAUCAAGUGGGAAGAGGCGGUUGAGUUGGUCUCACCGACGUUCGUCAAGAGGCUCUCGCCUGUAAGAGUUAUGGACGGCGAGAGUGUUAAUUUAACCUGCGUCGUUGAAGGGAAACCGACGCCCAGGGUCGAGUGGUACCACAACGAUAGACCGAUCAAAGAAGGCAAGGAAAUUACGAUUGUCCAGGAUACGGAGGGUAUCUGCAGCCUCGCCAUCACCGAAGUAUUCCCGGAGGAUGCUGGAGAAUACACCUGCCGCGCUGUGAAUCCCGUUGGCGAGGCCGUGUGCAAGUCAUCACUCGUCGUUGAAGCCUAUGAGUACGUGCCCGACUCGGAAAUUGCGUCAUCGAUAAUCGCGACAUCCCAUACUACAGGCUCGGAAGAAGAUCUUCUCUCACCGAAAGAAACUCCUAUCUUCGAUACCGACGUGGAGGAAUUUGCACCAGAAAUAACCAGAAAGCUUCCUCAGUUAGUUCCCACCAAGGACGGGGAAUUGACCAGAUUGGAAGUGAAGGUGAAAGGUAAACCGAAACCAGAGGGAAAAUGGUACAAGCAAGGCGUGGAGAUUGUCUCGUCGCAAGAAUUCUUAAUAGAGGAGUUCGAAGAUGGCACGUCGGUGCUGACGAUUGCCGAAACAUUCCCCGACGACACGGGUGAAAUCGUAUUCGAAGCUCACAACCCACUCGGGGUAUCGACUACGACGGCGUAUUUAUCAGUGGAAGGUAUACUCGGGACGAAAGAGUACCGGAAACCAGAAUGGGUUACGCAGAUGGAGGAAAUGCAGGAAGCGCUAAGAGCCACGCAAGCUGUCCCGCGAUUUAUCCAAGAAAUAACGGACGUUUACACGAAGGAAGGAGACACCGCUUUGUUUGAAUGCGUCUACUCUGGUAACCCCAAACCAGAUAUUAUUUGGUACAAGAACAAUAAGCUCAUAAUGAAUACGGAAAACGUGAAGGUGCGCAUAUUCGAGGAAGAGAGGAAAACCACUCUGACGAUCAAGCGGUCUACCAAAGAAGAUGACGCCACGUAUGUUUGCAAAGCCACUAGCGAUAUCGGCAUGACAAUAACGAAGGCCAAGCUGCACGUCGAUACUAUAAGCAAAUUAAGACCAAAGCCGGAGGAGGUAGUCGAAGAGGAAGAGAUCAUUGAAACAAAGAAAAAGCAAGAGGAAAAACCGCAUAAGAAAAAGAAACCCGAAUUAAAGAAAGCGAAGGAAAUCAAAGAGAAAGUGAAGGCUGAACGCGUUAAGAUGGAGACGGAAGAAAUUCACGAGGAGAAGCUCGUACCGAAAGAACAGACGGAAGAAAAGAGAAUCGUCGACGUUGAAGAGACUCAGUUACUGGAAACCGCAGAGAUUAUAAAGGAGAAAUCAGAAGAGGUUUCGAGAGCACGAAAAAUAGUGCCGAUCCAGGAACCGGUUAUGACCGAAGCAACGGCUUCUUUGAAGAAGAUCGACGACCGAAAGCCGCGAGAGGUACCCAAACUCGAGGAACGCGCUAAGCCGAUUAUAGAGGAGCGAGAAAGCGUAGUCGUCGUGUCGGAAAUCACAAGCGAGGACAUCGCUCCUGACUUCACCGUCGAAACGAAGCUCGACCGCGCUCAGAUCACCUCGGAGACCCUGCAAAAAGUUUCGGUCGUCGAGACCACCGGCCAAGAAACGAAACGCACGGAAGUGAAGCAGAAGAAAGCCAAGAAGAUGAGAGCGGAAAAGAUUCAAGAGGACAUCACUGUAAUGGAGAUCGUGGAGCGGCAGAAAGAGCACAUAGCUCGGGAAGUCGACGAGAUAAUGGAGUUGUUGGACGCGAAAGAAUUUGGCCCGGGAGAAUCUCCCCUUCGGGAACUCGCGACGAUCGGCUACUUGGUGCGACAAGGCGUUUCCGUUAACGAGAUCAACGAGAGCCUUUACAAAACUGAGAUCUUCCCCGCUCUGAAAACGCCCGACGCUCAAAACGCUUUAGUUCAAUUGGUGGAGAGAAAGGGUCAUGGUCCCUUGAUCAGUCAAGUACUCACCGAGGAGACGACGACCGACGAGAGCUUCGUCGCGGCGACGGUCGGUUUCCGCGCUUUCAUGAGAAUGGUAGAGCUUCAACACGCCACUGUAGAAGAAGUCAUCGCGCACUUCGCUCCGGAAGACUUUAGGCCACGUGCUUGGGAAGUCACUGAAAUUUCAGAGGUCGAGACUGAGCAACGCGCUACGGAAAGAGUGGACGUCAUUCGCGAAACAAAAAUUCAUUUCAUGGAGAGGAGAGACGAAAGGAAAGCCACUCACGUGCAGGAUAUUCGAGAAAUUAAAGAAUACGAGGACACACGGCAGGCACACACAACACUCCGCAAACGCAAAGACAGGACACUGCGGGAUCAAAUCGAAGAAACCACACAAGAUAGGGAAGAGGGGGUUCAGAUUGUAAAAGUCGAGGAGGUCGAGGAUGUUGAGAAGGAAAGAAAGAAGGAGGAGGAGGAGGAAAUCGAGGAAGAGGUUAUUGUACUCGAACGGGACUCAAAGGGCAGAUUGAUUCGUAAGAAAAAGGAAGAUGAGGAGAAACAGAUCGAUAUUGUGGAGGAGGAGGAAACGAUCGAGAAAGUUAGGAAGGCGAUGAUGCCGAAGAGACCGGACAUCGGUAAAGACGAGAUCGAACUCGAGGAGAUCGAGGAAUUCGAGGUGAUAAAGGACCAAUCGUUGCCGUCUAUAGCUUUGAACGUGUCCAGUCAACGUAACCAAGUGAUACCGCUCGAUCGUACGGUCGAGCAGGCACCCGGUAAACCUGAAUCGGAGAAGGCGAAAUACACAUUGGACACUAUUAUCGCGUUAACCGGACAGACCACGUCGAUACACGAAAAAGAGGUUGACGACGUGAUCAGCGUCAAGCCCGUCGAACGUAAAGCUUCGGUAUCGAUCUCACCGGUGGAGCCGUACUCCACGACGGAAACUACCGCGCACGUAACUACAGAUGAAUUCUCGGGUACCUUCAAGGCCGCUUCUUACGAGGCUACGUCUUCCGUGAUAACGAAAGAGAGCCUUCUCAUCAGCGAAACUCUAUCGCACGGCGACGACCUGGCGAAUUUAACUCCAACCAAACCGGAAACAAGUCGAAAGGCGGACGUGCGAGUGACCGUGCAGGAAGCCGCGACCAUCAGCGAGACCAUUAUCAACCAGAGCGAAGUGCCUACCGAGAACUUCGUGGCGCCCUUAGCCGUGAAGGCGGAGGACACCGUUUUACCGCAAAUCGGACUGUCGGUUUACGAAGUUCAGGAGGGUUUGAGCGAGGACAAGUUGGAGCCGGCGAAAACGCUCGCCACGAAACCCAGAGUCAACAUCAGCGCGGUCGAGCCGUUGGUAGUGGAGGAAGUUCGUCCCGAGGACAAGCCAGGAAAAUAUUAUCCGGAGCUGAUAGUACCCACCGAAGUUGCCAUCGAAACGGUGAUCUCGCAGAAGCAACGCGUGACCGAAGAGAUGAAUGCGCCCGAGAAAGAAGGGGCGUACAUCCCGGGUAGAUUGCCGCCGAGUCAAACGGCCCAGGUCGGGAUCUCCUACGGAAACGAGACGGCUGUGAUCCAUCAUGACCUCGUGCAGGAGCGCGAGGGCGAAUACGUUCCCGGCCGUAAGGUGGAUUCCUUCGAAGCCACGCCAAACGUCACUCUUCUGGAGGGGGUUACGAUAUCGACGAUCGAUACUCAACAAAAGGAAGAUGAUUUAACAAUCGAAGAGGACAAACGGGUUACGGCGGAUUUCAACGUCGUCGAGAUUGUGUCGGCCGUGACGGUGGAAACGAUGGCUUCCGAGAAGGAACGAGACUAUCAUCCCGAGGAAAAGCCUACCGGUAAACUGGCGGUCCCGUCGAUAUCCUCGCUGGAGAUCGGAUCGAUAACGGACACGAUUGUCCAAGAGUCCGAAGGGAGCUACAGCGCUGAUCAGAAACCACUCCAAGCGUUAGCGGAGACAUCGGUCCGUCCGGAAGAACAUGUUCUGAUCUGCCAAGUCCAGACCGCAGAUUAUCCGGCGGAUCUGAAAGACACGUUGAAAUACGUCUCGGAGAGCGGUGUCGUGUCGGUGCAGUUGACGGAGGCGAAAACAGUACUCGAGACGCUCGCUCAUGACCGAGAGGCGAUCAUGGAGAAAGACACCAAGCCGGAAAGCCAGACGGUAGAGACCGUGUACGACGCUGUCAGAGGUAUCGAGAUAUCGCAAACUACUUCCAUAGAAAAGGAAGCCGAACUGAAGAUCUUCGAGAUGCCGGAGUCGCGUCGCGGCAAGACCGUGCCCACCCAUCCGAUGAUCUCGCUCGAGGUUCAAGAGACGCAACCGGAAAGUAAUUUGGGCGAGGUCGCGAAGGAAGAUCUGUCGACCGCCACGGCUAAAAUCGAGGCGGUCAGUCUGCAAGAGACGAUCGUCGGCGAGACCGUCGCGGCGGAGGGUGUAGCUCCGUCGAAAGAGGACAAGGCUCCCGACGCGAAGACUGCGGUGGUAUUAAUGGAUCAGAUCGAAAGCUUGCACACCACGAUGGUCGUAGCGAGCGAGAAAGAAACCGAAUACGUCGGUGCUGCCGACAUUAAGGGCACGUUCGCGAGUACCGAGUACACGACGCAAGUCGCUCCGGUGUGCGAACAAGUGAGAACCGAGUCACCGACCCAGGAAUACCUACCGGAGGACAGACCCGUCAGUGGUCAAGCACAACCGUCUCAUAUCCCUAUAGAAACAAUCAGCGUGGUUAUGCAAGAGACCGCGGAGAAAGAGGAGGUUUACAGAACGGACAUGAAGCCCGAAGGAAAGACAGCGAACGUCGAACUGACGGAGACGAGACCGGGUGCGAGUAUCUUGGAGGUAAUUCCGCACGAUCUCGAAAAUAUCUACACACCAGACACCGAGCCGGAGAUUCAUACGGUCGAAUCGUCCAUAACCGGUCAUACUAUCGCGUCAACGGCGGAGAUUCUGGUGGAGCAAAGCGCCGGAAAGAUCAGCAGCGAAGUACCCAAAUCGAGCAAAGCGACGUUCCAGCAAGAGGCUUUGGAGGAGUUGAUCGUUACGGAAACGAACGUCGGCGAAGCGGAACGAGCCAGGGAGGAGGAUACGCGUCCCGUUGAGCAGAGCGCAGCUCUCGAAGUGUGCUCGCGUACUGAGAAGUUGACCGUCACCGAAGUGACGACUGUGUUGAAGGAGGAGGAAUUGUCGGUGGAGAAGUUACCGGACAGCCGGCAGGUCCGAUUGGACGUAACCGAGGGCCACGAGAUAGCGGAGACGCAGGAGACGAUUCUCGCGAGCAAUAUAAGCGAACUGAAGGAGGAGAAGCCGACCCAGGAGAGCGCCAGCCAAACGCAAAGCGGACUAGACGUUGUCCAACAGAUGGAAGUAUCGAUAUCCGAGAAGGAAUCUCCCUUGGCAGCGGACGUGAAGCCCGAGACCAAGAGAGUCGGCGUCACUUUCGAGGAAGGAGAAGGUCUGACGAUCGGAAUUACGCAUCCUGCGGACAAAGAAGAAGUAUUCAGCGAAAAACCGGCGCCGAAAACCGCCGAGGCUACGGUCGACGUGGUGGCGCAGGGUAUAGCGUCCAAAUUCGAAAUUCUAAGCGACGUCGCUCCAACCGAGUUGCCCACCGAGCCCGCUCAAGAAGUACGUCCCAAAGCGACGCUGUUACCAUUCGAGACAGCCGUCGCUGAGGAAGUUCAAACCAGAGAGACGGAGAAACCCUUCGAUCGCAUGCCAACAUCGGAGAGGAAAGCCAAUCUUGAGUUUGUCAUGGGCGAGAGUCUCGUCGUCUCAUCCGUGACGGCGCAGGACAAGGAGAGCGCGUUCGCGGAAGCGGAGAAACCGGAGUCGAAAUCCGCCGUUUUCGAUAUUCCCGCUCACAUCGUGGCGCAAGCUGCUGAGGUAACUACAACCGACAACGUCGGCCAAUUCAAACGCGAGGAGACUAUCUCUGCGACAGCCACGACCGAGCAUAUCACUCAUCGCAGUAUCGUAACGUCGGAAACCUCAGCCGGUGAUUCGGAACAGCCGAUGCUGGACUUUGUGAAGCCGGACGAGAAGCAAGUGGACGUGUCGUUCUUGGAAGAAACGGGCAUCACCGUGAUCGAGACCAUCGCGUCUGACAAGGAGUGGGAGUACGAGAGGAAACCGGACAUCCCCGGCGAGAAGGUCACUGCUAGUUUCGACGCUCACAAAGUCGCCGAACUCACGGAGGUUACAGCGAUCGCUUAUCCUGGAGAUCUUGACGUGAAAGCGCCGACGAGCGCGGCGGCCAAGGAGGAACGUUUGCCUUUCGAGAGCAUCGUCCAGAGCGAGACUGUCGUGACGGAGAGGGAAGCCGAAUUCAAGGAGAAACCCGCCAAAACUGACACAGCUCAGGUGGCCGUCGACGAAAUCAUCAGCGCCACUACGUCCGCCGAAGUUCCAGCCGAGAAGGAGGACGUUCUCCGAAUUGCCGAGAAGCCCUCGGAGAAGAAGGCCGAGGUUCAAUUCUUCGGGCACGUAAUUGCUGAGAAGAGCGAGAUCACGCCGGAUUCCAGUGCUGGGGAGUUGACGAAGACAGAACCGAGCUCCGCCUCGGCCGUGCUCUCGAGCAUCCCCUUGGAGGCGUUAGUACGAACGGAAACGCAAGCGACCGAAGCGGAAGAUAUACUUGGCAAGGAUAAAGCGCCGUCCACGGCCUUGGCCGAUCUCUCCGUGGUAGUGGAGCAGAGUCUACAGGUGUCCUCGGUGAUCUUAGAGGACAAAGAGGCCGAGUAUAAGCCGAGGGAAAGCCCGGAACUGAGAACAGCGGAGAAGAGUCUGAUCGAGACCCGCGGCGUCGCCGAAGUGACGAUGCAAGUACCCGAUUUCAGCACCGGCGAAGUCGCAGUCGGCGAAGCACCGCAAGGAGCUGUCGCGAUCCCAGAUCACGUGGUGUUCAAUCCGCUGAUGGAGUCGCAGCCAAUCGUUCAAGAGAAAGAAGAGCGAUACGUGCCGGCGUUGAUGCCGGAGAAUAAGACGGUGAACAUCGACAUGGAAGAAGGCAAGACGAUUGUGAGCAUAUCGCACGUGACACCCGCGGACAAAGAGUCGCCGUACAAGGUGGUGGAGCAGCCGCGCCAAUACGCCGCUUCCUUCGGGAUCGAUGCCACCCAUGCUAUUGCCGAGACGACCGCAGUGGCGAUUGAACAUUCUGUGGGAGAGGUCAGGAUCGAGAAGCCGGACACCGAGACGGUAUCGACUACGCGAGAAGUCUACCAAAGUGUCCUGGUGACCGAGGGCUUGGUACAGGACAAAGAGAAACCGUUCGAAGAGAAAUUCAUGCCGGAGCAGCAGAAAAUCGAAUUGGCCGUCGAAGAGGGCUAUCACGUCACGUCCGUCACGGAGAUCAGAAUGGCCGACAAGGAAGCUCCCCUGGAAACGAUACAGGAAGACAGAUCUCAUUCGGCGCAGCCGGUCAUCGUUCCCGGCCACGAAGUGGCCGAAAAGUCGGAAAUAAUCCCCGGUUCGAGCACGGGCGAAAUGAGCGAAGAGCGAGCGCCGACCAAGGCGACAGCGUUGAUCGGACGGAAACCUUACGAGACGGUGCAGUUGAGCGAGCAAGUGCCGGUGGAGAGAGAAGCGGACAGAGUCCAGGAGGCACCAUUGACGAAAUCGAGUGCGCGCGUCGUGUUAGAUGAGAACAGAUUCGUCGCCAUCACGGAAUCGACGACGACUCAAGACGUUGAAGCGGAGUUCACCGAGAAGAAGCUCCGUGAAGAAAAGGCGAGUCUCGCGAUGGAUGGCAAGGAAGUGGCCGAACGCACGGAGAUCAAUUUGCGCGAAGAACUCGGGGAACUGGCCGCAGCAGCGAAACCGAUCGCAUACGAGGCGCAUCGGACGCAAACUACCUUGGAAAGCAUCGGCGUCAGUGAGACGGUAUCCCAAGAACACGGUGCGACAUUCCAUGACAAAUUCAAGCCCGACGAGCGAAGCGCGGAUGUUAGCUUCGUGGAGGGCAAAAGUAUUACCGUGGGUCAGGUCGUAACGCAGGACAAGGAGGCCACGAUGACCAUUCAGAAGCACGAAGAGAACACAGCUGAAGUCAGACUGACGAGAGUCGGUAUGGACGUCGCUCAAAAGGCCCAAGUGUUCAUCGAACAAAGUACCGGUGCGGUUAAGCCCUUCGAGAAGACUCAAGCGGAAGCCCACAUGAGGCAAGACACAUUCGAGCCCAUCGUCGUCGAAGAGGUUCCAAGCGCGGAAAGCGAAGGUACUUUCAGUAAGUAUCCGAAGAUGAUAUCCGGCACAGCCGUACCGACCUUCGAAGAGGGUCACGGCGUGUCGAUCACAGAAGUUACAUCCGGCGAAGUUGAAGAGUCGCUGGAAGAGAAGAAACUCGAGACCUCGCGAACAGCCGUACGUACGCUUGUCACCGCGGGCGACACGAUAGAAACCACAAUAGUGGAGUCGCGAGUUGACGUGCCCGAGCAAGUUCCCGAUAAAACUACGCCUCAAGUGGCCACGCCGGCCCGCGACACGUUCGAAAGCAUCAUCGUUAACGAGAAUGUCGUUGAAGAAAGCGAGAAAACGUUCGAUGGACUCUUCAGACCUGCGACGCAAAAGGCGAACAUCGACAUAUCGGAGGUAAAGUCGUUGCAGAUUUCGGAAACAAUAACCGAUGACAGAGAAGCGACGCUGGAUGUCGCCGCGAAACGAACCGAAGUGAGAGCCACGCAAGACAUCGACGUGUUCCAAACUAUCGAAGGUUCAUUCAUCGAAAGUAUGCAGAGCACUCGGGAACUACGCGAGGAGAAACCAUUUUCUUCCCAAGCGACGAUGAUUCAGACCACGGUAGAGACAAUAGUGAGAUCUGAAACGACGGUGGCCGAAAAGGAGGACACGUUUGAAGACAAAUUUAAACCCGAGGGACAGAAAGGCAAGCCUCAAUUCGACAGUCUUACUACAGUUGUCAUCACCGAGGUAGCUCCGAAUGAAAUCGAGGACGUCCUGCCCGAAGCUGUUGCACCGAAACAACAACAAGCACAGCCAAAUUUGAUGGGUAGAGAAGCCGCGGAAACUCUUCAAAUAGUUACAGCAAACACAAUUGAAGACCUCGCGAAAGCUAUCAAAUUGGACGAACACAAAGGUAUACCGGGACUCGAAGAAUUAUCUUCUCUGACCAUUUCUGAAAUCGUGUCGAGUGAAAUCGAAGACGUCCUAAUUAGUCAAGCUACACCAAAAGAUCGCAAGGCUGAAUUUAGCGUCUCUGGUAGAGAAGCAGCCGAAACAACUCAAGUAACAACGAUCUCUGAAACCGACGAGCUCACAACAAAGGGACCCGAAGAACAAAAAGGCAAACGACAAGUUGAAGAAUUAACUUCGUUGACAGUUUCACAAGUGAUUUCGAAUGAAGCCGAAGACACGUUAAUUAAGGACGAAGUUCCUGUGGGAAAAACAGCUCAAUCAAGUCUCUUCGGUAGAGAUAUCGCGGAGACGACAGUGGUCCUGGCGAUGGCUAGCACCGAGGAGUAUGUACCCACAAAAGAAGCUGAAAAACAGAAGGGCACACCUGGUCUCGAAGAACUUACAUCUUUGACAGUUUCGCAAAUAGUGUCCCAGGAAGCCGAAAACGUCCUCCCAAGUGCAGAAGUACCAACCGAAAAAACAGCGCAAACUAGUUUCUCCGGUAGAGACAUAGCUGAAACCACAGAAAUAACAAUGGCAUCAAAUGUAGGAGAAUUUGUCGAGAGUCAAAAGCCCGACGUACAAAAGGGAAAACCGGACUUCGAGGAAUUACUACCCUUGAGCAUAACGCAAACCGUAUCCAACGAAGCAGAAGCUGUGUUACCUUCUCCAGAAGUGCCUGCAGGGAAAACCGCGCAACCAGAAUUGUUUGGCAGAGAUGUAGCCGAAACGACACAAGUUAUAACUAUGAUAAGUGCGGAGGAACUUGCGAAGCAGCUGGCACCCGACGAACGUAAGGGAGAGUUUAUAGUGAACGAAUUGUCUUCGUUGACUGUGUCUCAGGUAGUUUCUAACGAGGCUGAAGACACAUUAGUUAAAGACGAAUUUCCUGCUGGGAAAACGGCGCAACCAAGUCUGCUUGGUAGAGACAUUGCGGAAACGACGAUGGUCUUACCGAUGUCUAGCACCGAAGAAUAUGUUCCCACAAAAGAAGCUGAAAUACAGAAAGGAAAACCAGGUCUGGAAGAACUUACAUCUUUAACGGUUUCGCAAAUAGUAUCCCAGGAAGCAGAAGAUGUCCUCCCUAGUGCAGAAGUACCAACCGAGAAAACAGCACAACCAAGUUUCUUCGGUAGAGACGUUGCUGAAACCACAGAAAUAACAAUGGCAUCAAAUGUGGGAGAAUUUGUCGAGAGUCGAAAGCCCGAAGUACAAAAGGGAAAACCAGAUAUCGAGGAGUUACAAUCCUUGAGUGUAACGCAAACUAUAUCCGGUGAAGCGGAAGCUGUGCUACCUUCUCCAGAGGUACCUAAAGAAAAAACAGCGCAAGCCGAUCUGUUUGGUAGAGACGUAGCCGAAACGACACAAAUUAUAACAAUGAUAAGCGCGGAAAAACUUGCGAAGCAGCUGACACCCGACGAACGUAAGGGAGAGUUUAUAGUGGACGAAUUGUCCUCGCUGACUGUGUCUCAGGUAGUUUCUAAUGAGGCUGAAGACACAUUAGUUAAAGACGAAUUUCCUGCUGGGAAAACGGCGCAACCAAGUCUGCUUGGUAGAGACAUUGCGGAAACGACGAUGGUCUUACCGAUGUCUAGCACCGAAGAAUAUGUUCCCACAAAAGAAGCUGAAAUACAGAAAGGAAAACCAGGUCUGGAAGAACUUACAUCUUUAACGGUUUCGCAAAUAGUAUCCCAGGAAGCAGAAGAUGUCCUCCCUAGUGCAGAAGUACCAACCGAGAAAACAGCACAACCAAGUUUCUUCGGUAGAGACGUUGCUGAAACCACAGAAAUAACAAUGGCAUCAAAUGUGGGAGAAUUUGUCGAGAGUCGAAAGCCCGACGUACAAAAGGGAAAACCGGACUUCGAGGAAUUACUACCCUUGAGCAUAACGCAAACCGUAUCCAACGAAGCAGAAGCUGUGUUACCUUCUCCAGAAGUGCCUGCAGGGAAAACCGCGCAAGCCGACCUAUUUGGCAGAGACGUAGCCGAGACAACACAAGUUAUAACUAUGAUAAGUGCGGAAGAACUUGCGAAGCAGCUAGCACCCGACGAACGUAAGGGAGAGUUUAUAGUGCAAGAAUUAUCUUCGUUGACUGUAUCUCAAGUAGUUUCCAACGAGGCUGAAGACAAGUUAAUUAAGGUUGAUUUUCCUGCUGGAAAAACGGCAGAACCAAGUUUGUUUGGUAGAGAUAUCGCGCAAACGACGAUGAUCUUAACGAUGUCUAGCACGGAUGAAUAUAUCCCCGAGAAAAAAAUUGAAAAACAGAAAGGCCAACCUGGUCUUGAGGAACUUACUUCUUUAACGGUUUCGCAAAUAGUAUCCCAAGAAGCUGAAGAUGUUCUUCCUAGUGCAGAAGUACCAACUGAGAAAACAGCACAUCCAAGUUUCUUCGGUAGAGACGUUGCUGAAAUCACAGAAAUAACAAUGGCGUCAAAUGUGGGAGAAUUUGUCGAGAGUCGAAAGCCCGAAGUACAAAAAGGAAAACCAGAUAUCGAGGAGUUACAAUACUUGAGCGUAACACAAACCGUAUCCGGCGAAGCAGAAGCUGCACUACCUUCCCCAGAGGUACCUACAGAAAAAACAGCGCAAACCGAUUUGUUUGGAAGAGAUGUAGCCGAAACGACUCAAAUCGUAACGAUGGUAACCACGGAAGAGCUAUCAAAGCAAAUAGCACCCGAUGAACGUAGGGGAGAAUUUAUAGUGGAGGAAUUAUCCUCGUUGACUGUAUCUCAAGUAGUUUCUAAUGAAGCCGAAGACACGUUAGUUAAGGAUGAAUUUCCUGUUGGAAAAACGGCACAUCCAAGUCUGCUUGGUAGAGAUAUUGCGGAAACAACGGUAGUUUUAGCGAUGGCCAACACCGAAGAAUAUGUUCCCGAGAAAGAAGCUGAGAAACAGAAAGGCAAACCAGGUCUUGAAGAACUUAUGUCUUUAACGGUUUCACAAAUCAUAUCUCAGGAAACGGAAGACGUCCUUCCUAGCCUCGAAGUACCGACGGAAAGAACGGUGCAAACAAGUUUGUUCGGUAGAGAUGUAGCUGAAACAACAGAAAUAACAGUAACGUCAAAUGCAGACGAAUUGGUGGAGAGUCGAAAGCCCGAGGUACAAAAGGGUAAGCCAGAUUUCGAGGAAUUGGUCUCUUUGAGUGUAACGCAAACCGUAUCCAGUGAAGCUGAAGCUGUGCUGCCUUUUCCAGAAGUACCUGCCGAAAAAACAGCGCAAACCGAUCUAUUUGGCAGAGAUGUAGCUGAAACCACUCAAAUCGUAACAAUGAUAACCACGGAAGAGCUGUUGGAACCGCAAGCACCGGACGAACGUAAAGGACAGUUUAUAGUGGACGAAUUAUCAUCAUUGACUGUGUCUCAGAUAGUUACUAACGAGGCUGAAGAUACGUUAGUUAAGGACGAAUUUCCUGCAGAGAAAACGGCACAACCAAGUCUGUUUGGUAGAGACAUCGCGGAAACGACGGUGGUUCUAGCAAUGGCUAGCACCGAAGAAUACAUUCCCGAAAAAGAAACCGAAAAACAGAAAGGUAAGCCUGGAUUAGAAGAACUUACAUCUCUCACAGUCUCGCAAAUAGUAUCUCAAGAAGCUGAAGACAUUCUUCCUAGUGCAGAAAUACCAACUGAGAAAACAGCACAACCAAGUUUCUUCGGUAGAGACAUUGCUGAAAUCACAGAAAUAACGAUGGCUUCUAAUGUAGGCGAAUUGGUGGAAAGUCGAAAACCUGAUGUACAAAGGGGUAUACCAGAUAUUGAAGAGUUACUACCCUUGAGCAUAAUGCAAACUCUAUCCAACGAAGCGGAAGCUGUGUUACCUUCUCCAGAGAUACCUAAAGAAAAAACAGCGCUAGCCGAUCUAUUUGGCAGAGACGUAGCCGAAACGACACAGAUUAUAACAAUGAUAAGCGCGGAAGAACUUACGAAGCAGCUAGCACCCGAUGAACGUAAAGGAGAGUUUAUAGUGGACGAAUUAUCAUCGUUGACUGUAUCUCAAGUAGUUUCCAACGAGGCUGAAGACACGUUAGUUAAGGACGAAUUUCCCACAGGAAAAACGGCACAACCAAGUUUAUUUGGUAGAGACGUCGCUGAAACUACAGUUGUCUUAGCUAUGGCCAGCACCGAAGAGUACAUUCCAGAGAAAGAAAUGGAGAAACAGAAAGGCAAGCCUGGACUAGAAGAACUCACAUCUCUGACAGUCUCGCAGAUAGUAUCCCAGGAAGCUGAAGACAUUCUCCCUAGUCCUGAAGUACCAACCGAGAAAACGGUGCAAACGAGUUUGAUCGGCAGAGAUAUAGCUGAAACUACGGAAAUAACAAUGGCUUCGAAUGUAGGCGAAUUAGUCGAAAGUCGGAAGCCCGAAGUACAAAAGGGCAAACCAGAUAUCGAGGAGUUGCAAUCCUUGAGUGUAACGCAAACUAUAUCCGGCGAAGCGGAAGCUGUGUUGCCUUCUCCAGAGGUACCUAAGGAAAAAACAGCGCUAGCUGAUCUGUUUGGCAGAGACAUAGCCGAAACAACACAGAUUAUAACAAUGAUAAGCGCGGAAGAACUUGCAAAACAGCUGGCACCCGACGAACGUAAAGGAGAGUUCAAAGUGGAAGAGUUAUCCUCAUUGACUGUAUCACAGAUAGUUUCCAACGAAGCUGAAGAAACAUUAGUUAAAGAAGAAUUUCCUGAAAAAAAGACAGCGCAGCCUAAUCUGUUCGGUAGAGACAUUGCGGAAACGACGAUGGUUUUACCGAUGUCUAGCACCGAAGAAUAUGUUCCCGCAAAAGAAGCUGAAAAACAGAAAGGCAAACCAGGUCUGGAAGAACUUACGUCUUUAACGGUUUCGCAAAUAGUAUCCCAGGAAGCCGAAGAUGUUCUCCCUAGUCCUGAAGUACCAACCGAAAGAACGGUGGAAACAAGUUUGUUCGGUAGAGAUGUAGCUGAAACUACUGAAAUAACAGUAGCGUCAAACGUGGACGAAUUAGUCGAGGUUCGAAAGCCUGAAGUACAAAAAGGAAAACCAGAUUUCGAGGAGUUGUUAUCUUUGAGUGUAACGCAAACCGUGUCGACCGAAGCAGAAGCUGUGUUGCCUUCUCCAGAGGUACCUACCGAAAAAACAGCACAAGCUGAUUUGUUUGGCAGAGAUGUAGCUGAAACGACUCAAAUUGUAACAAUGGUAACAACAGAAGAGCUUUUGAAACAGCUAGAACCCGAUAAACGUAAAGGAGAAUUCAAAGUGGAAGAAUUAUCUUCAGUGACUGUGUCUCAGGUAUUAUCUCAUGAAACAGAAGAAACCUUCCAGAGUCCUGAUGCACCCAGUGGACUCACAGCGAUUCCUUCGAUGUCUGGUAGAGAAAUUGCCCAGACCUCUCAGAUGCUCACAAUGUCGAACGUUGAAGAAUUCGUCAGACCCAAAAGUCCAGAAGAACAAAGGGUCAAGCCAAGCUUAGACGAGCUUUCCUCUCUCAUGGUUUCUCAAGUGAUAUCUACAGAGCUGGAGGAACAAUUCGUGAGCCCAGAAAAAUUAGAUGAGAAAACAGCCGAAUCGCGUUUUACCGGCAGAGAAGUAGCGCAAACAACGGAAAUCGUAACUGUCGCGAAUGUGGAGCAAAUAGUUGAAUUAAAGAAAACAGAUAUUCAAAAAGGUAGGCCCGAUGUUGAAGAAAUGAAUGUUGUUGCCAUAUCUGAAAUAAUUUCUACGGAGGCGGAGGAAGAAUUGCCGAGUCCAGAAGCCCCGAAAAAACGCAAAGCUCUGCCUAAGGUGUCCAGUGUGGAAGUCGCGGAGACCUCGGAAGUUCUAACAGUGAGUAAUGUCGAAGAAUUUGCUAAACCACAAGCUCCCGAAGAACACAGAGGUAGACCAAAUCUAGAAGAAUUGAUGUCAUUGUCGGUCUCUGAGGUGGCUUACAGUGAGACUGAGAAAGGAUUACUGACUCCAGAAGAACCAACUAAACAAACAGCCGAGCCGAGUAUGCUGAGUAUACGCGUUGCUGAAAAAUCUCAAGUAGUUACUUCUGCAACGGCAGAGGACAUGAUAGUACCCGCCAAGCCUGAAGUAAAGAAGAUAGCGCCGGAACAAAUACCGUUUGAGAGUAUCCAACAAACGCAAUCAGUUCCUCAGGAAAGCGAACAAUUGUUUGUUCCCGACAAGGCGGCGCCAAGCGCAACAGCAGAAGUUGCAUUCCGCGUUUCCGAAGGACUUGAAGUUAUCCAGGUGACCGCCACGGAAAAAGAAGCGAAAGAAGUGGUGAAAGGCCAGGCCAAGGAAGCGAGCGCGCAAGCCGACGUAAUUAAACGAAAGGUUGCUUUGAAAACCGAAAUUCUUCCGGAGGAUGUAGCAUCAGAGUUCGUUGUGUCGAAACCAGAAGGUAAAAUAGCCCACGGAGUGGAAGAUGAAAAACAGGGUGUGAUUGUUACCGAAUUACAACACGCUGCCGAAAUCGAAUCAAAUCUGCCCGAAACCGUAGUACCUCUAGCAAAAUUAGCGAACGCGUCUGUCGAAGCUGACUACUUGGAACAAGUUGUGGAAACCACAGAAGCAUCAGUGCAACACCACAUCACAAUCACACAACACAUCACAGAACACGAUAUAACACAUCAACCAUCGAUUGAUUCUGAUAUUGAAGUGACAGAAGAAUACACUACGAAAUUUAGACGUGGCAGUAAAGAUGAUGAAACAGCAGCGGUUAAAACAAAGAAAACAACAUUACGAAAAAAGACACCAAAAACAAAGUCCGAAGAGGAAAAAGUUGUCGUCAUCGAAGAAGAAAUCGAAGAUAUAAAAUCGCAAAUACCAUUAAUACCGAAAAAACAAUUUAUGCAAAUUGAAGAAGUAACAGGAAUCACAGAAAUGGAAGAAAUAAUACCUACAAAAAUAGAAGAAUCUGAAGACAAACUUACGGAACCUAUUAUAACAGAAGAAACAGAUCUACAGAAAGAAGUUCCAGUAAUAAUUAUUACAGAAGGAGCAGAGGACAAAAUAAUUAAAGACACAAUAUCAUUACAACACCCAGAAAUAACAAAGCCACAAGAAAUAGAAGAAGUACGAGAAGUAGUGACAGUGACAGAAGAACAAAUUGAAGGAAAGAAACCUAAACGAAUUACGAAAAAGAAAAUUAUAAAGAGAAAAGGAAAGACACAGCAAGUAAGUGAAGAGAUUACUGUCGAAGAGAAAGAUAAAGCUCCCAUCACGACGGUGACUGAAGGCCCAGUAGAGGAGGUUGUCGAAGAAACAAUAUUGCCCCUACCACUUCCUGAAUUUGUAAAACCAGAAGAUGUCGAAGAAGUUCGAGAACAAGUUACAGUUACAGAAGAAAUUGUGGAAGGAAAGAAGCCAAAGAAAAUCACGAAAAAGAAAAUUAUCAAGCGCAAGGGACAGAAGCAGCAAGUUACUGAAGAAAUUACUGUGGAAGAAAAAGGAAAGCGUCCCAUCAUGACGGUGACAGAAGGGCCAAUAGAAGAGAUAGUCGAAGAGACAAUAGUGCCUCUACCACUUCCCAAGAUUGUAAAACCGGAAGAUGUGGAAGAAGUUCGAGAGCAAGUCACAGUAACAGAAGAAAUUGUAAAAGGGAAGAAACCGAAGAAAAUCACGAAAAAGAAAAUUAUUAAACGCAAGGGACAGAAACAGCAAGUUACUGAAGAAGUUACUGUAGAAGAAAAAGGUAAACGUCCCAUCACGACGGUAACGGAAGGACCAAUAGAGGAAGUUAUCGAAGAGACAAUAUUGCCUCUACCACUUCGUGAGAUUGCAAAACCAGAGGAUAUAGAAGAAGUUCGAGAACAAGUUACAGUUACAGAAGAAAUUGUGGAAGGAAAGAGGCCAAAGAAAAUCACGAAAAAGAAAAUUAUCAAGCGUAAGGGACAAAAACAACAAGUAACUGAAGAAGUUACUGUUGAAGAGGAAGGUAAGCGUCCCGUCACGACGCUGUCGGAAGGACCGAUAGAGGAGGUUGUCGAAGAGAUUGUAUUACCUCUACCACUUCCCGAAGUUAUAAAACUGGAAGAUGUAGAAGAAGUCCGAGAACAAGUCACAGUAACGGAAGAAAAAUUAGAAGGGGAGAAACCAAAGAAAAUCACAAAAAAGAAAGUUAUUAAGCGCAAAGGACAGAAACAGCAGGUUACUGAAGAAAUUACUAUCGAAGAAGAAGAUAAGCAUCCCGUCACAACGGUGUCGGAAGGGCCAAUGGAGAAGGUUGUCGAAGAGACAAUAUUAUCGCUACCACUCCCUGAAUUUGUAAAACCAGAAGAUGUAGAAGAAGUCCGAGAACAAGUUACAGUUACAGAAGAAAUUGUGGAAGGAAAGAGGCCAAAGAAAAUUACGAAAAAGAAAAUUAUCAAACGUAAGGGACACAAGCAGCAAGUUACUGAAGAAGUUACUGUGGAAGAAACAGGUAAGCGUCCCGUCACGACGGUAACGGAAGGGCCAGUAGAGGAGGUUGUUGAAGAGACAAUAUUACCUCUACCACUUCCCGAGGUUGUAAAACCGGAAGAUGUAGAAGAAGUACGAGAACAAGUUACAGUCACGGAAGAAAUUGUGGAAGGGAAGGAACCAAGGAAAAUUACGAAGAAAAAAAUUAUCAAGCGCAAGGGACAAAAGCAGCAUGUUACUGAAGAAGUUACUGUGGAAGAAAAGGGUAAACGUCCUAUCACAACGGUAAAGGAAGGACCAGUAGAGGAAAUUGUCGAGGAGACAAUAUUGCCCCUACCGCUUCCUGAAUUUGCAAAACCAAAAGAAGUGGAGGAAAUACGAGAACAAGUAACAAUCACAGAAGAAAUUGUGAAAGGGAAGGAACCGAAGAAAAUUACAAAAAAGAAAAUUAUCAAGCGCAAGGGACAAAAGCAGCAAGUCACUGAAGAAGUUACUGUUGAAGAGAAAGGUAAACGUCCCGUCACGACGGUGUCGGAAGGGCCGAUA